AUGUGGAAAGAAACUUUGGGAGUGUUCCCAUUGGCUGUGGCGCACGUUGUCAACUACCAGAUCUCCGAGCGCCUCAUUUACAGGCUUGCGUUGCCCUACAUUUGUGCCACCACGGGACUAUUUCAGUCGUCCCAGUCGAUUCAAGACGGAUUAAGCAGAGACCUUGCCAAGAUCCUUCAAAAACCAGUUGUUCUCGGAUCACACCCGCUAGACACCACGUUGAAGCCGUUACUGGGCGACAAGGUCGAGACUUCCAUGGAUCUUGUGCUGAAACGGACCACAAGAGUGUUAUUCAACGUUUCAGUGUCUUUUUCGUUGCAGAUCAUCGACCUUGUCCUAUUUGAGAUCGUCAAGUUUGGCAACUCCGUUUCGCGCAGUAUGGACUGGGCGUUCACCUUGAUGGUGCUGGUAUUUCUGCUCACGUACCUGAUUCCGAGCCUGAUGCUAUUCAUGACCACGUUCAAGCUCCCGCUACUUGCUCGACUUACCAAUCUCAUCAGCGUGCGCAACCGGGGGAUUGUGUUUGUGCUCAUAUUUGUGUGCUGGGUGGUGAUAUUUCGUGCGUUUAACGUUCUGGCAACGUCGGCCACGCAGGCCGCCGAGUACUCGCAGUUUUUCUCCAGCUCGUUGAUGGAGCUGACUUUGCUAGGAGUAGCCUGUUUGGCCACUUUGAACGGCAUGGGGUCCAUCUCGUCGCUGUUUUACUUGCUGUUGAAAAAACAUCGAGUGGUUAAAAAGACCGGCAUUGCUCGUAGCGUCGAAACGUUGCAUACCACCGACGCUCUUCUCACCACGCGAACAGAGCAGCUGGAACAAGAACCGUCCAAUUCCGACCUCAAGAACGAACUCAAGGCGCUCAACCAAAUCAAACGCGAAUUGCUCCAGGACAUUGCUGGGCUGGUGUCGAACUACAAGUCGCAACAGUUUGCAACCACCAUCCAGGGCCAGGUGUCCAAGGUAGGAAAACUGGGGUUUGCGCUCUACUGUCUAUACAAGAUCAUCAACAUCAUGUUCAUCAAGCUCCCUGUGAUAUAUCUGGAACAAUUCGAGCUCAAGGCUGCCAAACCAGACACCCAGACCGCAGACACACUUUCUGUGACCAUCGCCAAGCUGAUCGCCCGCUUCUACAACACGACCUACGACACAGAUCGUCUGGCCACGAACGUGAGCUUUGUGUUUUCGAUCUUUCUGUUCUUCUGCUCGUUCCAGAGCGUGGUGAUCACGUUCCACAAGUUUGGCAAGCUGCUACCGUUCAAGAGCCAGUCUUCCAGCCUGACAAGGUCCUGGUUCUUCUUUGACCUGGUGGUGUGCGAGCUGACGGGCGUGUACCUACUGUCGACCACGUUCCUGCUGCACACACAGCUGCUGUCGACCGAGCUGCCCGAUUUCGACCACGACACCUCGUUUGUGGACGUGUGGUUCGACAAGUGUUUCGGACUCGGCUGUGUUGUAAGCGGAGUCGGACUGGUUGUGUCUGAACAAAUAGAGAAGUUCUACCGCGACGACGAUUACUUAGACGCCUCCGUCUACGACGAGGAGGCCCUGCUAGAGAACAGGGGCAAGCUGAGCUGA